GUUCACAUCCUCCUUCCCCACGAACUCCUGCACUGCCUGGCCAAAGUGCAGUGCAACUCGGUUUUCGAUGCCAUUAUUUUGGGUCAUUUGAACGCAGUGUCUCGAAGGAAGUUUUGGGAACAUGUAAAAGAAGUGGAUGCGUGGCGCUUGCAUCCAAUCUUUGAUGACCGCCAGCUGGACAUGUCCACAGUUAUCCCAUUGUGUGUGCAUGGCGACGGAGCUGAAAUGAAACGCGAUGAUGAGAGCUUCGUGUGGAGUUUCUCGAGCUUUUGGGGUUCUGAGGGACAAGUGAAAGAUGUUCUCAUGUACAAGUAUCCCUUUGCGAUUAUCUUGGAACGGCACAUGAAGGUACGCAGCGCGGUGGAAAAGGUCAUCGCUGAGGUGUUCAGUUGGAGCAUGAAAUGCUGUUCCAGCGGCAUUGCUUACAUGGCCUUAGAGCUAGUUCCCUCGCCGUGGACUGCCGUUCCAGGAUUUCGCUUGGAAACCAUUGCGUGGGACUUGCUCCACAAUGUCUUCCUCGGCACAGGGAGGGACCUAGUGGCUAGUGCAAUUCGAGUUUUGAUCAGGGAGGGCAUCUAUGACCAUGUUGGAUCUUCUGAGCUGGAUGUUAUCCUCAGCGCAGUUCACGAGGAAAUCCGCACGACAUGCAAGCAGAACGGGUUCUAUCUCCCACCGAAACCGGUUUUGAGCGAAGCCAACAUGGGCGGUUCUGACUAUGCAGAAAUCGGUACACGAUACAAGGCAUCUCAUGUCAAGUGCCUAAUUUGGUGGGCUGCGCAGAAGACACGGCAGGUUGCAGAUGUUGCCCCUGACAACGUCCAACUUCAAGUUCUGGCUACGUGUUGCUGGGGUGUUCAAAGGUGCAUCGAAAUUUCCGACCACGCGGGCCUCAUCCUGGAUGUGAUCGAAGCAAAAGAAGCUUCCGAUGCCUUGCGGACGCACAUUCGAUGUUUCGCUUGGCUUUCGCUUCACUACCAUGAUCUGAAAACCAACCUCUUCAAGGUGAGGCCAAAGAGUCACUACAUAUGCCAUAUGGCAGAUAGCUUAGUUUCCUCAAGGAUGAACUUCAACUCGUUUCACACCUUCGACGAGGAGA